AUGAUUGAAAAUAAUAAACAAAUCGAUAACAUUACUAUAGAGCUCCCGUUCCCCCCGAGUGUUGAUUUGAUCAAUCUAAUUACUAAAGGGAGUGCAGGGAAGAAACUGGCGAGAACUCCAAAUGCUUUCUUAAUUUACCGAAAAGUCUUCGUCGAGACUGCCAGACACAACGGUGUCAGUCUUCCGAUGACCAAUAUUUCCACAUUGGCAUCUAAACGCUGGGCGAAUGAGAGUGACUUGGUGAAAGCCGCAUACAAAGUUAUUGCAAGAGAUGCACUGCUUCUUCGUAACGAUGUCUUCCCGAAACACGGUAAACGUAAGCGCAUAGAUAGGUGGAACCUCGUAACUUUUGAUCAAUUUUUGUCCGAGAGACAAAAAAAAUCACAAUGUCCAGUUGUUAAAAAGGCUGCAAAUACUUCUUUACCAAAAUUGAGCUCUUUGCCAUCACAAAACAACACUGAGAAUUCCAUGAACGAUUGUUCAAUUCAAUGCAUGACCUCGUUAAUGGAUACUCUAUCUUCUGACGUCUCUCGUCUCGUGCUUGACGAAUUGGAAUUGGAUAUACUUACAAAAUCACGCCAAUACAACCACGAUUCCAAACGAGAAAACCACAUAGACGCUAUAAUGACAUCGUAUUUACAGACAAGAAAAAUCACACCGUUGUAUUCAGAUAAACCAGAUUCUAUAAAAUGCUGCCAAUGCAUCACGUUCCAAAAUGAAAUAAACUUGGUAUUUCCAAGAGCACAAAAUCAAAUAGAUGCUGUCAAUUCCGUCGUAACUUCAAAUGAACAAAUUGACAUAGACUACACCAACAGUGCAUUCCUAACCAAACCAAACAACUCAAGUUUACAAAUGUAA